AACGCGGUCUGAAUUCAAACCGUGUGGCGGGUAAAAAAGAAAACAAGUUAGCUGCUGUAGGACGGUAAAAGAGAGAGCUGUGGAAAGCUAAAACACGAUAAAAUGUCCCAAACUUUACAAGGAAUUACUUUGAAAGGAAGUGCUGAACUCGUUGCUGAGUUUUUCACAUUUGGGAUCAACAGCAUUUUAUACCAGCGAGGCAUCUAUCCUGCAGAGACCUUCACCAGAGUCACCAAGUAUGACAUGAGUCUCCAGCUCACCACAGACCCCAAACUGAAGAACUACCUCACCAACGUCGUGAUGAAACUCAAAGAGUGGCUGUUUGACUGCACGGUGCAGAAGCUGGUGGUGGUGAUCACAUGCCUUGAGACAAGUGAAGUCCUGGAGCGAUGGCAGUUCGAUAUAGAGUGUGACAAGACAGCCAAGGAGAGCGGCGCUCCCAGGGAGAAGUCGAUGAAAGCCAUCCAGGAAGAAAUUCGCUCAGUUAUCAGACAGAUCACUGCCACAGUCACCUUCUUACCUUUACUGGAAACGGCCUGUGCGUUCGACCUCCUGAUCUACACGGAUAAGAAUCUGGAGGUCCCUGAGCAGUGGGAGGAGUCUGGACCUCAGCUUAUUAACCAAUCAGAGGAGGUUCAGCUUCGCUCUUUCACCACAUCCAUCCACAAGGUCAACGGUAUGGUGGCCUACAAAAGAACAAACUCUAUGUAACCAUAGAGUCUGUCUCUCUCUCCCUGUUUUGUUUUCUGUACAUAGUUUAUGCCCCCCCCCAACAUUUCUCUGCUUUACUGAGGUUUUUAUGACUGUAUCUGUAAAAAUAAAAAAUGUCCUGAUUUAA